AUGAGAAACUUUCUCGGGGAUUCUGAUGCUUAUAAAAGGAAAAUGAUGUGGGUUGCUUGGCCAACAAUUUUUAAAUCAAAGAAAAUGGGUGGCAUGGGUGUGAAGGAUAUGCAACUUACUAGAAAAUCUUCGAAAGGUAAAUGGAUAUGGAGAUUUUCUAAUGUGAAAAAGGCUUUAUGGAGGAGAGUGUUGCAAAAAAGUUUCAACAAUGAAGUUGAUUCUCUGAUUCCAGUUGAUGAUGGUAAACCUCACGGGAGGAGUAUGUGGAAGACAAUACUGGAAUCCUCUGUAUUUUUUAAUGAACAUAUAGUGUUCAAGUUGAAGAACGGUAAAGGAAUAAAGUUUUGGGUGGACAAAUGGACAACUAAUGGUCCAUUGAAAGAUAGAUAUCCUACAGUUUAUAAAGCAAGUAGUCAGAAAACAGCCUUUAUUGCAGACAUGAUACAGGAAGGGAUACUUUGCUUGAAGUCUAAAAAAAAUCUUUCUGCACAUGAACAACUGGAGUGGGGUUUGUUGUGUAACGAAUUGGGUCAUGUACCUGAACUUGUUGAUGAGGAUGAUGAAGUGUUUAUUCUUGAAUAUUAUACAGUGAAAAAGGGAUAUGAAGUUCAAUUGCUGGAUAAUCAAGACUGCAAAUUUUUUCAAAUAUUUGUGGAGAAAAGAUAUCCCUCCGAAGGUAAAUUUCAUGUUAUGGGCAAACUUUCAUAA